UAAACACAAAAAACUAGAAAUGUUUCGUAUACAAAAAUUACUGCUCGAGGAAUUUCGUGAAAUUUACGAGCCUGUCAUCGUGGAGAAUCCAUUCACACAAGUGACCGAUAAAGGGCUGGGCAUUAGACAAUACCACAUAGGUCUCACGCCUACGAAACUCGUAUUCGGUUGCGACGACUUCGAUCAGACCGAUCUGGACGACGUCGGCUACCACAAUAUGGAUCCGGAGAUCGAAACCUUCCAAUUGGUCAGUCUGCUGCCGCUGCAAUUUCUGCAAGUGAAGUUCUUUCGCAAACAGGGACGCUGCAUUAUGCGGCUUUGCAUUGUGGGCGACGAGGACAAGCCGAUGUUCUUUGAGUUCGGCGGACACAUGUACAAAAAUUUGUUCUGGAACACGUGGCGUGAGCGUAUCGCCACCAUACGCCUGGCGCAGCCCAUACUCUUUCACAUUUCCGGCUGCAGCCCGUUCUCAAGCACCGAUGUGCUGCUCGAAGAGGAGGAGGUGCAGGCGCUGGUGCAUUCGCCACCGCUUUCGAUAGCCAGUAAUUGCGUGAACUACAGUCAGCAAUGA